CCUCGCUUCCUGUGUGGACAUUUCGACUAUCGAAUUUUGAAAAAAUUAAUGAACAAUGUAUCGGAUAGUGAGUGGUCCAUUUUAGCAUAAACUAAUUCAUUAAUUCAAACGAAACAGUGCAACUCUGGCAACCAGUAAAACGACAGUAUAGAAUAAUUUGCGUAUGUACUCGCGUAGAGCAAGGUCUAGGGUUCAAGAUUAUGAAAAUUAAUGAUGGAUAAAUAUUACGGGAAUUGCACCGAAAAAAACAUUUUCUGUUAUUAGUACGGUGGGAACCAUGAGAGUUUUAGUGCUCGCUCUGUGCCUACUAUUUGGUUAUGCCGCAGUCGAAAGCAAGGUGUACACCAAGUGUGGUCUGACCAACGAGUUGAUUUCCCUGAAUUUUCCUAGAACGUUCAUCGGUAAUUGGGUCUGUUUGAUUGAGAGUGAGAGCGGGAAAAAUACAUCCAAGAUUACGAAUCGGGCAAAUGGCAAGCAAGGAGUAGGACUUUUUCAAAUCAAGAGCAAAGACUGGUGCACUUUUGGAAAAAAAGGAGGAACCUGCAAUGUGAAAUGUGAAGAUAUGCUAGACGACAAUAUCAAGGACGAUGGAUUAUGCGCUGAGAAAGUGAAAAACGAAUUUGGAUUUUUGGCUUGGGAUGGUUGGAAAAGAAGUUGCAAAGGGAGAAAUCUUCCCUUACCACCCUGUUGAUAAAAUCCAUACAUAAGGUUGAGGAAUUUGGCAGAAAUAAUCCGAAUAGUCAUCAGCAGUUGGAGAAAAAUAAUUACUCUUGAAUUCAAAUAAUCUUUUUCGAAUAUUAGAAGUAAACUUGAUCUCUGUGAGAUCGAAAAAUGAAUGAAAUCCGAGAUAAAUUUCACCUUUAUUGUACUCAUUUGAAUAAACAACAAAACUCUUGCAA